AUUUCUGACUCUCGUGCAAAGCGCAACGUCGCAACGGACGGCUCGUACGGUCGCUCGGUCGCCCAUGUUGUGUCUCGGUGUCGGUUUCGGUUUCUGUGCUUUUCGUGUUUUUCGGUUGACAACUGCAAAUGCAACACAAAAACAAAUUCAGUAAUAACGGAACAAUUGAAAUAAAUGAAAAAACGAAAAUGAAAUGAAAUAAAAAUUAACUAAUCAGCGAACCAAAGGGUAUCUACGAAGCAAAAUAUACUAAAAAAUAAGCAACCCUUUCACUUGAAAAAAAAAAAACAAAAACUUAGUUGGAGAAUCCAAAGUGCAACAGCCACAAUAAGAAAACGAGUUUCAAUAAGCCGAUAAACCAAUAAGCAAUAAGCUAAGCAAAAUACAACAACAGCAACAAAUACAUAUAAGCAACUAGGUCCGUUAGUGCGCCAUCGUGGCCUAUAUUCAAAAUAGAUCAGCAGCAGCGCUGUCAAAAUGCAACCAACAACAACAGCAACAGCAACAACAACAGCAGCAGUAACAGCAACAACAACAGUCGCAUGAGAACACGACGCAGCUUAAGCAAAAACAAGUUUCCAUUUGCGCCUUUAUGCUAAAUAAUAAUAAUAAAUAAACGCGUUGCAAUACCAAAAAGACACGCGGAGCAGUCGAAGUCGCAGUCGCAGUUGCAGUCGCAGUCGACGAGUCGCCAAGUCGCCAAGUUGUCCAGGUUGCCCAGGCAACAAAAAAAAGUGACCUACAAAUACUGGUUUUCAGUGGGGCCAAACAACUCCGCGUGAGAACGUGAGCAGCAAUGGCCACAGCAGCCACAACAAUAACAACAACAACAGCAACAACAGUAACAGCAGCCGAAAUGCAGUCAACGAUUGUGGUUAAGCGGCCGGGUCCGCCAGUGCCGCCCAGACCCAAAGCAGCAGCAGCAACAACAGCAGCAACAGCAGCAACAACGGCGACAACUUCACCUCCAAUCAUACAAAAGAAGCCCACAUUUGUUAGCCAACUGAGCGCUGUGGGACGCACUUUGGUCUACAAGUCGCCCUCGCUGAAUCUGCAAAAGAAACAGGCGCAAACACAAACGCCCACAAUGGCGCUAGUUGGCAGUGCAACGGCAACAGCAACAGCAACGGCAACAGUUGCCACGGGCGCACCAGCAACGGCGCCAAAGCCGCCAUUGAAGCUACGCAAGGCACCGGAUGUGCCGACAGCCAAGCCCAGGGAUUCAAUUGGCAUCAAUCGGGCCAAUUCACUCAGCACACAGAGCACACCCAUCAAGGACACGCGUCUCAGUCUGGGCAAGGUGGAUUUCGAGCGGGCGGGUCUGCAUCCCGCCAAGCAGCCAUUGCCAAAGCCACGCAAGAUUGUCCAGUUGCCGGUGGCCACACUCGAUAUGGAUGAUGUGCCGACCUUUGUGGCGCCACCGGCUACACCGGCCACCAGCAUCUUUAGGCGCUCCAAGACCACACUGGACGGUCCCCUUGCGAGCGGUCCUUUCAGCAAUGGGAGCAGCGGAGGCAGCAGCUUUCUCAGCGGCAAAACUGUGGAGAUUAAGAAUAACUUGAAGAAUGCCGCGGAGCGUCUCUUCUCGGAGAUCAUCAUAAGCCAGUCACAGAAGCAAUCGGCAGCGGAUACAACAAUAAUAACGAAGCAUGAACGCGCCAUACAGCAUCAGGCAUUGUUGGAGCAGGAGUUGGCCCAGGAGCGGCACACUCGCUUCCAGUUGGAGCGGGCACGGGAACGCGAGCGUCAGGCCGAGCAGGUGACCAUUCAGGCAGCGGGCAAUUGCACUCGCAUCAAUAUCAAUCCCAGUUCCAAUCCAAAUCCGAAUCCGAAUCCGAUCAAGUGCUCGGUGAGUGCUGGCAAUACUCCCGAAAAGAAGCACACCUUCCACGAGCUGCUCAUCUCGGAAUUGGCGGCGAUGCGCAAUAGAUCUUGUUCAUUGGAACAGUUGCCCACGAAAUCUUUGUCCCUGGCCAAGGAAACGCCCAGUAAAUCGUUGUCCCGCCAACGCUACAACUCCAUUGAUGAUGCCGACACGGAGGAUGUGGAUGCCGAUAAUGUUGAGGAUGCCGAUGGCGAUGAGGAGGACACGCUCACCUAUGCGGUCAACAAGUCGCUCAAGGAGAACGGCAAUUUGAAUGGCAACUCCACACCACGCAAACGUUGUCCCUCGGGAUGCUCCUCGGACUCAUCGCCAUACGGCACGGAGCGCUCGCAGCGGAUCAGAACCUCCGACUGGAUCGAGGUGGGCGACAAUGGCAAACAGGUGACACUAACCAGUUGUCACAUCAGUCUCGAGGAUUCCGGCAUGGAGGAUGAGGAGCGGCUCGAUGAUAUGUCAUCGUCGGGUGUGGGCGACAGCUGGGAUAGCGUCAAGGAGGCAGAGAACGAGAAACGUUGUCGCAACGUCAAGCGCGGAAUGUCGAUAAGCGGUCUGCCGCCGCUGCCAAAAUCUCUUAGCGGUUUCAAUAAGCUGCUCGGCUCCGAUUCGGGACUUUUGAGUGAUGUGGAUGCCCAGCAGGAACUGGAGAGCAAUAACAACAACAACAACAACAAUAACAACAAAGAGAACGUUUGCGGCAACAAAUUAGCAAGCCAAAAAGUUAGUGAUAACAAAAACAACAACAACAACAGCGAAAAGCAGAUAUCUAAAGAGAAUGCCAACGAUAAAUUAGAGUCCGUAAAAACAACAAAAACAAAAGCGACAGCAACAGCAACAACAACAACAACAGCGACAGCGAUAACAACAACAACAACAACUGUAUCAAGCUCACCUGCUAAAAUCAAUGUAACGGGAAGCACUUUGGACGCGCAGAUAGCGACGUUGCGAAAGGAAAUGUUCGGCUUGCGUCAAUUGGAUCUCUCAUUGCUGUCACAAUUGUGGGCACUAAAUGACUCGAUACAGGAGUUUCGCACGAUGAUCGAGGAGCAGGAUGACGAGGAGGACGAUGAGGAUGGUGAACUGGAUGAGCAGGGCAAUCGCAGGCAUUCGCCGACACCCUCGUCUUAUGAUUCGGUCAGCUCCGAAGGCGGCGCCGAAGCGGAUCUUGUAAUGCAGGCCAAGGCAAAGCGUCUGGGCACCAUACCAAAGGUAAUCACGACGCAGCCAAAGCAGCAACAGCAACAGCAACUCAAGUUGGAUAUGAAGCCGGUGGCAAGGAUGCGCAGUGCACCGCCACCACCACCGCCCGCCGCAUUGAUGUGCGUAGCUCGAAAGGCGGCGGCACCACCACGACCCACAUGAUGUUACCUAACCGACUUCCUCGCCGGAGUCAGGAUGGUCAUGUGCAAGGCGAUUGUGAGCGAUGUGCCGCCGCCGACGACGCCGGCGCCAGAGACGACGUCAACGUUGGGCAGCAUUUGAGCAUUAGGAGCUGGAACUAGAGCUGGAUGUGAACCUCAAACUGGAGCUGAAAGCUGGCAAGAGCGUUGGAAGUUAAUCGGAUCACGACUGUUGUUUUGGUAACUCGAAGUGUGGCAUGCACCAUCCCUAGAAAGUUAACAUUAACGAUAAGCGAUCGAAUAUCGAGUAUCGAUUAGGGAUAAUCUAUCUAUUUAAUUACGCAUACAUACAUAUGCUACUUACUUAACAUAGUCCUAAGACGUAUAGCCUUUAAGUUUAGCAGUCCUUUGUGUGAUCUUCAGUUGUAAGUUUAUUGUAAAUUGUUUUUCUGUUUGCCCUUUUGCUACUGUUUAGGGCUACUUUGGGGUUUUUUUGUUUUAGGCAUGAUGGGUUCAUAUUACCUACAGAUGUAUAUCAUUUCGUUUUAAAUAUAUUCUGUUUUAUGAUUAAAAUAAAUCAACAAAAUUCAAUCAGAACUCUCUCUCUCAGUUUACAACAUACUGACAUGUAUGUAUAACUUCAAUUCUUAACCUAACGCUAACAAUAAUUAUAAUGACUAUAAAGUUGCUGUAGGCUUAAGCUAAGAACUGCACUACUUGUAUAUAGAGCUGUCACUAAACAACCUGCGCUUUAACUCUCUUUGGCUUUGCUGCAACUACCUACAACAAUACAUAUGUCUAACGAGAAGCGAAAAUAAAAAAAAUUCAAACGAAG